UCUAUACUUCAAAUAUUUAAUACUCAUAAACUCAUUACUCUAAUUACAUGUCUGUGAUUUGUCUCCUUGUGUCUCCCCCUAACGUAUCCAUGUGGUCGUCCUCCUCACCUCACUAGUACUAUUCUAAACUCAUUUUACUUAAAAUUAAUUAUAAUUAACUAUGAAUUCCACUCUGUUUCUCCUUUUAAGACCUCUCUCCCCUCUGUUUCAUUUACAUAUUGUCUUCAUCAUCCACCACUAGCAGACACAAACCAAAUCAUCUACACAUCUAUAUCACGAUUUGCUCACACAUUCUGACGUAGUACUCCGGAGUUUAUAGGUAGAAGAUAUGGUUUUAGAGGCGGUUUCAAAGACUGAAUCACCACCGUUGAUCGGACCUCGUAUCUCUUUCUCAGACGGUGGAGAUUUCUUCUGUAUCAGCCCUGUAACAUGUAAAGAGCUAGAGAAAGAAGUCGUCAAAGGGUCAGUGAAAGUCUCCGACUUUGAGUUCUUUUCGGAGAAUGCGAGUCCACAGAGGAUGCACACCGCCGACGAGCUCUUCUCCGAAGGAAAGUUGAUUCCUUUCUGGCAAGAAAAGCACUCGGAGAAGCUUAAAAACGUUAACUUGAGGACCAACGAAGAAGAAGAAGAGAAUCGUAAAGUGGAAGUGAUGAAGAAGAAUCAAGAUCAUGAGAAUAACAACAAUAGGAACAGAGUGAGCUGGUUAAUAGAUGAAGAUCCAUCUCCUCGUCCUCCGAAAUGCACAGUUCUUUGGAAAGAGCUUCUGCGUUUGAAGAAACAGAGGAGCUCCAGGUCGUCUCUGUCUCCGUCGUCGUCCACGUCAUCAUCGAGCUCGCUGGAGGAAGCGGCGGCGAAGAGAGAGGAGAAAGAAGGUAAGAGAGGUAAGAAAGGAUUAGAGAGGACGAGAUCGACGAGUAUGAGGAUAAGGCCGAUGAUGCAUGUUCCUGUUUGCACUCCUUCUAAAUCCUCUGUUCCGCUGCGUCCUCUGUUUCCGCUUGCUCUUAGGAAGAACAGAGUAGAGAAAAUCACUUGAAAAGUUGGAAUCUUUUGAUUUGACACAUCUUAUUAUUGGUUGAUUAGUUCGGAUUAUCAUGUGAUAUGUAACUCUAAUGCAUGUGAUUAAGCA